GCCCCCUCGCGGUUCGGCGUACGAUCAAAUCUGUAAGCGCUGGUAAGUGGAGAGUAUUGACCGCUCAAAUCUCUACACCGAUUCGGGAACACCAACUCACGAAGCUAUGUCUAUGACUCGCUCUUCCUCCGUGACCUCCAUCUCUCUGCUUGAGAUUAAAGCUGAGAGCCGUCUUGUUCUCCAAGCUUUCCUCCAUCGAACACUGUCUGUCCCAUUUCUGGAGCGGCCGGGCAGAGUAGGAGGUGCUUACAAGGAUGACAACAAGUACAGUGCAAGCGUCAAUCCAGAACCAAAAGUAAAAGACGGAUGGGAUUCUCAAGCAGAAGAUCAAAGCUCAGGAGACGAGAAGAAGAAGGGAUUUAAGGACUUCCUAAAGCAGCUGCCUCGGCGCAAUACUGUGCGCACUUCUGCAAAAGAUGGGAAAGGUUCUUUUGAAAAGGACAGCAAGCCCAGACCACCAAACAUCAAAGAGCUGUCAGAGGAAGAUCUUUUGUCUCCUUCCUCGACAUCUGAAGAGGAUGACAGUGAUAGGAAACAGAGCAAGAAAUUGAACAAAAAGAAGAUCAAAAAGAGCAUUUCGAAAAUUUUCAAGAUUAAGAAUAAGGAAAAGGAAAGUGGGGAGAAGAAGAAAGAGGAACCUGGAUCUCAACCUCAGAGGCCUUCCACAUUGCCAUUUGACAAAACCACUGAGCCAGAACCAAGCCUUGUUUCCCCAAAUCACCCUCCUGCGUUCUAUCAUGAAGUGGCAGAGAAGUUGGAAAAAAUUGCCCAGAGGUCUGCCAGUACAAAGAGGCCGGGCCCCACUCCACUGCAGGCUCCCUCAGUUAUGGAUGACAAAGAGCAAGUGGUGCAGCAGCUUGUUCAAGUGCUGUCUGCUGAGGCAGAUUCUAUCAACAAUAAGAUCGAAAUGGACCCAUUUCUACGCUCCAGUUUGUCUCGCCUAUCAUACACGUCUUAUGUCAGGCUUCUCGACACUGUCAGCAGCACUCAGGUAUCGCAAGUACCGCUCCUCCUGCCGACUGCGAGCCCAACAUUACGCCGCAUGGCUGUCACCAUGGAGGUGUCGAGGCGGAUAGUGACAGCGACUGGUGUGCAUCGCAUGCAAGGGUACGCAGAGUGCUACAUGGAGACGUUUGCCCCCUGGUUAAAGAGCCAAGGGGGAUGGGAGAAUGUGGUAGAUAUGAAGGAUCCUGUGGAAUAUGACUGAAGAGAAGUGUUUCCCUUUUUUUUUAUUUAUUUUUUUAUUUUACAGAAGAGGACUGUGCCAUGGAGUGUCUCGAAGAAGUCUCAUUGCAUCGUUUUAUUUGAUCUAAGUUAUUGCUUUUUGCUGUCAACAUUUACUCCACAACUUGGAUUUAUUGUUGAAUGAGAUUGAAAAUGUUUGAGCAAUUAUGGUAUUACAUAAGUCGCUGAUGGUGUGUUGGUACACUCACCUGACUUGUAUGCGGGUAGCGUAGGAUCGGUUCCUGGUCAAUGACGGAGUGUAUGGUUGUUCGUCCCGACAUGUGCCCUGUGGCUGACUGCCGACCAGUUCAGGGGUUAUUCCACCUUUCCCCCAAAGUCAGCUGGGAUAGGCUCCAGCAAUUCCCGUGACACUCUUCAGGAUAAGCGGUGUUGAAAAUGGAUGGAUGGAUGGUAUUACAUAUGUUCCUGCUGACAAUCUACAGUGAAUGACUGUUUAAAUUCAAAGGCCGUUCUGGAAACUGGAAAGGAAAAGUGCCAAUAAGUUACAGGAUCGAAUGAAACUACAUUUUUUGGGCAGGCAUCAAGUGUUGAGUGAGUUUUCGUUUGAUGAUGCACACAAACUAUUUGCAACUGUGUUAUUUAACUGUAACACCUUCAUUUAGAGCAAAAUGCUGAAUACUACCUCCAUCGAGUGUGUGGCUGUUUAAAGAUGCUAGCUAAGCAAAAGUUUACGGUUCACUCAGUGCCCAUCUGUACAAACACUCAGGCAAUUUUGGUUUGUUUGUUUGUUUGUUUGUUUUUUUUAAUGUAGCUUCAAUGGAUGUUUUCAGAACAUCAAACCCUUGAAUCAUGCAUCGCUGUGCACCAAAGUUUUUCUAUUGUUUAGGAUUAGUUUUGAAAAUGUUCAAUACGUGAAAUAAGUUAUUCAAUGUCAAUGUUUGCCUCCUCUGGGAUCAGAGGAUUUUAUUGUUGCGUUGUUACUUUGAAUGUUUGUAGGUAGAAUUUUCCACAUGCAACAAAUUCUGUUGUCCUCUACAAAUGGAAAGUUUUCUUAAAUGAAUACUGUAUGUGGUUUUUACUGUGUUUAUAAUUGCAAUAUUGCAAAAGGGAGGGGGGAAAGUUCAAGCAAUAUAAAACAUACAUACAUUUAUUUAUAGUCUGAAGAACAAACUACAUCUAAGAAUGUAAAAGGGAAAAUAAUGGAUUGAGCGACAAGCAUCAGCACUGGUUGAGUGUACAGUCAGUGCAAGUCGAUCAAUAAAGAAGUGACUUAAUGAGGGCUAAAAUAUUUGUUGGGUCGAGGAGCUUUAUUAUGAACUUGCUAUUUUUGCACUGUAGAACCUAAGAGCGGACAGAGGGUAGGGAAUAGAAUUCCACUUGAUUGCAUGUAAACAAGAACUAUGUCUGUAAAAAAAAAAAAAAAACAUGCUGAAAAUUAAACUGUCAACUGGAA